AUUCCCACCCACGUCCUCCUCCAACUUCAUUUUAGUUUAACUGUCAGCUUGAGCAGACCACAAGACAAGAAUUGAACCAAAACAUGUAGAUGGAGUGCAAGACUGAUAAUAGUUAAAUAUUUACAGUUAAGACAGGAAAGAAAGAAAGCAGCAGCUGAAACUGCCAGUGAAUCUGAUCACCUUUGAUGAAACUGACAAGUCUGGACCUAACCUGCAGUUAGACCAGUUCUGCACCUGGACUGACCUUGCACUCGGACUGGUUCUGUAACAAGCGUCUCAGAUGAAUAACAGUUCUUCUAUGGCAAUGGGGGGACAGAGGCCGAGGAUUCUGGUUCUCCUGAUCAUCUUCAGCCUUCUUGAAUUCACCGAACAAUUUGAGAUGAAAGAAAACGAGUGGGAGGACCUUAGACCAAACAUAGCAGCUCUGUAUCGCCUCAGAGGACUAUCUGAUCACAUGUCCCAUGACAUCACCAACCCCCCUGAAAACAGGAUCGCCAUGAAGCUGGACCCAUUAGGUCUUCUGCAAGAACUCCAGAACACAACCAACUUUACCAACUUUUUCAUCAAAAAACAGCAGGAUUUUUCCAUUCUGUUGGCACAUGUUGAGAAGCAGAAGACUGAAGACUGGUUGCUAGCAGCUUCUGAGAUCUCCCACAGCUACAACCACAAACUUUUGGUAAUGAUUGAUGAGGAAAGCUCAACGACUGAAAGAGUCCAACAGGAAUACAGCAUGGAUCCACAUUACUCAGUGAUAGUCACCACCCAAUGUCUCUUGAAUCAGUCCUGUUUGCCAGAUGUGGACAGCUACACUGUAUUGAAGAUCUUUGGAAGUGUUUCAGAGGAUGGACAAACUUUUUCUGGACUUUCUGGUUCAUCACUUGCAAAUAUGAUCCUGAAAACCUCGAUCGAGUCUGCAUCAGUGUUUUCCCUGGAUGGAAAUACAACCAUAGAGUUCCAACAUGACUUCAUUCGGGUUUUCAUACACCAGGGCCUCAUGCCAGUCUUAGAAACGAGCCAGGACAACCAGGAGAUUUACCAGGUGAUGGACCAACAUGACUCCAUCUCUAAGUACCAGAUUCCAAAAAGAACCGUUGACCACUCCACCCAGUACGACCAUCAGCAGAUCCUCAUGUUACAAGAUGACCAAGUGGUCAGAAAUGCUGCAACGUUUCUUUAUGAGAAACAUCCAUUAGUUAGCUCAGUGUAUGUUCUUGAUGAGAAGCUAAAACCAAAAUUGAUUGCAGGUAAAGAUGUGCCUCUGUCAGAGGACAGUCGCCUGGUUCUGGUGGGUCACGGAGCACAAGAAGGUUUAGGAGAGAUGAGGCUGGCAAAGUACACAUCCAAAGCUGUGGCCAAAAUAAUCCAAAGCACCUCCAGAGUCAGUGAUAAAAUUAAAACUGUGAGUGUCGUUGCCUGUGAUGUUGGAUCGGAUAAAUCAUUCGUAAAAAGUCUGGCAAAGGAGAUCUUUGGUGCCGGCAUUGAGACAGAACUCCACCUGAGGAAUAGUGUUCUGCAGGUCCAGCACACUGGAGAAAAGGUCACUCAAGAAAUCUCGCCAGAUGGGACUCACUGGAAACAUAAAGACGACAGCAAGAAAGUGGUGGCAACAAUCAACAGGAACGGAGACGUCCUCAUAAGAGAGGAACCUGGCAGCAGAGGACUGGAGGUGUUCACCGAUGAAAGAAACUAUCUAGGUGAAGGUACUGAUUAUCCAACCAGACCAGCCAAAAAGAUAGAAAAAGAAAUACAGCCUCAAAGCAGCAUAAGCAAGUGGCCAGUAGAACCCACGUCAUUUAUUAAAGAACUUGAGGAGAAUGUCGAUGAUCAGAUAAAACAUUCUUGUGAAGAACUUGAAAAUCUUUCUUGGGCAAUAUUUCAGCCAAAAGCUGAAGAUUACCAGACAGUCAAUAUUGACAACCUGCAAGUUAAGGACUAUUACAUAGUAGAAAAGAAAGACAAUGAAAUUAAGGAGAUAAGUGAAGAAAAAAGAUUAAAGGAAAUUCUGGAAAACUGUUGUGAAAUCAGGAAGGGACAUGCGGGAGCAGACAUCAGAGGAAUAAUUCGUCGCUACGCAGAGGGUGAAAAGAAACUUUCAUAUAUAAUGUUGGAUGGCUGGAUUUUUUUUGUUAAUCCUAAAGAUCUGUAUGUGCAGGUAGUUGGAAAAAACAUAAAAACAGAAAUAGACAAAAAAACAGAAGAAGACAAAAAAACAGAAAAAGACAAAAAAACAGAAAAAGACAAAAAAAAAGAAAAAGACAAAAAAACAGAAAAAGACAAAAAAACAGAAAAAGACAAAAAAACAGAAGACAUAAAAGAGAUAAAAAAAAGAAUUGCUUCCCAGUUAAAGAAAGGAAUGGAAAGUUACUCAAAAAUGAAAGAGAAUAUAAAUAAAAUUGGAGAUUAUGCUAAUUAUGUUGCUAAUAUUUUUAAUGUUAAGGAAUAUAACCCAGGAAAUACCGAAAUUUACCCCUGGUACCCCUGGUAUUUCAUUGCAUCAGUUAUAUCAGAAUCUGCCAGAAAUCUACGUACGUUCCCUCUGAUUCUUAUGGCUUUGGACUUGGCUUCAAACAACAUAGAGGAAGGAAAGGAGUUUUUUUUUGAGAAGCAUUCAAUGGCCAGAGGAGGAAGCUGGGACGAUCCAAACAAGAGGGGUUUUGAAAACGUUGUCCCAAAAGUCAUGGAGUUAGAGUCUGAAAUGUUCACACUAUAUAAAAGCAAAAUGAAUGUUAAAUAUUCAGGAGAAAGUUUUUUCAAAUCUGAAGUAAUAUGCAAAAUAUUUCCGGAUUGUGAUGAAAAGAUUAAAGAUUACAACGAUUUUAAUGACAAAGUACGUAGUCCCAUAAUUCAGACAGAUAAUAAAGUUGAAGGAAAAACUUCCACCUCUGGAGUACUGAAAGGCCACGAUGACGGCUAUGUAACAACGACAGACUUGAGUUCAGCCACAGCAUUGGAGAAUACCUUCAAACAUGAAUCUUAUUAUCUGGGGACAUCUGCCUCGUUUGCUGAGGAGAUCUAUACUCAGCUGAAGUUGAAACAUGGAGAAGCUCUUAAAAAGCUACACCUUCAGGAGGGAAGUGCCAGGAUAGAAGACGGACACUUUGUAUGUCAGCUGCUGUCCAAAAAUGCUGGUGGGAAGCCAGUGGAGUUCAGGACUCCGUUAUCACAAGAAAGUCUCCACUACUACAAGAAGAUGGUGAAUAAUAUUGAGACAGCAGUUAAUGACAUGGAGAUGAUGCACAGCUCAGCACCCUCACAUCUGAACAAGUUUGUAGAGCACUCUGGAACGGCUAUGGGAACACUGGGGCUCAUGUUGGGGAUGAGAGGAGCUGUUCAGGCCUUUGAACAUGGAGACAUCAAAGACGGUGUGAUAGGGAGUUUGCAAACAGCUCAUGGAGUGUUACCGAUGGCCACCUCUGCUGUUUCAAAACAAGUUCUGACCUCAGAGACAAAAAUCGCCAAAUCUGCAGCAAGAAUCAUAGAAAGUCCUGCAAUGAGAAGUGCCAUGGUAGUUAUGCCUGUAGUGGGAAUUGGAUUUGGAAUAUAUAAUAUAGAACAGGAUUUGGAGAGACAUGACACUCUGGGGUACAUUGAUGCUGGUCUGGAUUCCUUAAUGACUGGUUUGGAUAUUGUUGAAAUGGCUGUUCCUGAGGCAGAACCUUUUUUAGCACCCAUAAAUUUGGCUCUCUCAAUAGUCCGGAUGGCCUUUGAUGAUAUUUAUGUGGGCGUCCAGAAUGAACUAAAGAGCCUCCCAAAAGACGCUGGUGUUUUAAAUAAAGUAAUGGCUGUUUUUGCCGGUAUUUGGAAGGGGUUUUGUCAUUUCGCAAUUCAUGUGGCCAGCUUCUUCUAUGACUGGCAUUAUGACGAGAUUGAAGAGGGACGAAGACUUGUGGCAGAGAUCUCAGACUAUGACAAAUACUACAAUUUCACUCAGGAAAGAGGAGGAAGGACUGCUAUUGAUUUUCAAGGUGGUUCCUCCUCCUGGAAUGGAGGAGGUAUCACCUUCUGCCUCGCUGACCAGGGCCAGUCGAAACUUUGCAUGGAUUACUUUGUUUCCAGUGAUGAGAGAAACAGGAGGAAUUGCUGGAACAUUGAUGCACAUGGAAGCCAAGACAUAAUUCUUGGUCUGGGAGAGUCGCAUGAGUUGGAGCAUCAAACCCUCCAGAAAAAAGUGCUCAUGUGGAUCCCAGCUGGCUCUGUAACAGUGGUUUCGGGUUAUAAAGCUGCAUCCUACUCAAGAUAUGGAAUGUACAAAGGAAACCAGGAUUCUAAUCAUUUUUUUGCCGUCCAGGAAGCAGCAGACAAGCACGUGGUUGAAGUCAUGCUGAGUUACUAUUACCAGCUCUACGGUGAACCAGGGGAUGAUAUCUUCUACCUCGGCCCACAGAGAAGUUAUGUUGAAGGUUCUGGUGGAAAAGACACCUAUGUGACUUCUACAAAUGGUUGUAAAACGAUCAUUAAUAACUAUGAUCUCUCCAAAGUGCUUGACACGCUCCACUUAAGUGGGAACUACAACAACAUCUCAGUGCAGAAGUCUGGAGAUGAUGUUGUGUUGAUGUAUAAGGGCAGUCAUACAGUAAUGAUCCAGAACUGGUUUUCAGGAGAAGCAUAUCGUCAUAUGAACAUUAUGUCAGCAGAUGGAGUCUUGUUUGAGAUUUCCUCCACUGUUAUAACCUCGGUUCAGCUCCUGGCCAGAGGAAUUAACAAGAGAUUCAUGAUGAACGGUACGGCUGUAGAUGCUUCAGAGCCACUUCUACGUAAUGUUACAAGCAUCAUUGGGUCUCAGUAUGAUGACAUUCUGAUUGGAAAUGCGAUGAACAAUCUGAUUGAUGGAGGAGGGGGCCGAGAUCACCUACGUGGGGGUGAAGGAGAAGAUGUAUACCUGGUGAAAGACAAAAAUCAGUCUUUAGUUAUAAUUGAAAAUUACUCCAGAGACAAUAAAUCAGAUCUAAUCAUUAUAGAAGCAAAUCUUCACACGUUUAAAGCAAGAGUUGAAGGGGAUGAUGUCCAUCUGAGUGCUUCGAUCGACAGUACAGCCGUCCACGUGACUCUGAUGAAGUGGUUCAGGUCCUGUGAAGACAGACACCUGCUCAUUGUCACCAAGGAUCUGAUCACAUUCACCAUCUCAGGCAACCAGAAUGACUGUCUGCAUGAAAACCCCUUCACUAAGUGCAUCAGAAGUUCUAACAUUGACUACAGCAACUCCUCAACUCCUCUAGUAAAGGAUCUUCAGGACGAUGACGCUUUAGAUGGUGUGACAGAGGUCCGCGGGUCACAGUUUGACGAUGUUAUCAAAGCAAAUAAAGAGGCCAAUGUUUUGAUUCCAGGAAAAGGAAAUGAUUUCAUGGAGGGGAGAGAAGGAAAAGACUGGUACAUCAUCAUUCCUGCUCAAGGAGUAAAAACCAUCAACAACCAUUCACCAGAUCGGGCCUUGGACAUUCUCUUCCUGCAAGAAUCAUAUGAGAACCUGACAUGUGUUUGCGAGGGACAGAACAUGGUUCUUCAGGUGUUUGGCCAAAGAACUGUUAUUAUACAGAACUGGUUUGGGUCAAGGGAAAAUCAGCACAUGCAGAUCAAAACCAGUGAUGGAAUAACUGCUGAACUGAAGACCAACAUCAGCAGCUGUGAUCAGUCUCUUAUGCUCCCUCUGACUGUAGAUUACAGGAACCAGACACCAGAGCCUCUUCAGUCAAGUCGGGGGGACCUCCAGAAAGGUUUGGCUGAAGUUGAAGAGACCUCCGAGUGUUACUGUUACAGAAACAAAGACUUAGAGAGGCUCCUAUGUGGCCUGAAAGGCAAAGUGAUAAAGAUGGAUGAAGUGAAAGAAAUGUUUGGAUCUUCAGGUUUUGACGUCAUGGUUGGUAACAAAAACGGGAACUUGAUUGAUCCACAUACUGGAGGUGGACUGAUGUUUGGCGGUGAAGGACAAGACACUUACGUAAUCAAACAAGGAUAUGGGAACAACCUACUGAUUGAUAACUUUGCAGAGGAUAAUGGCACCGACACGGUGCUGGUCGACAUGGACUUCCUGGAUGGCAGUCAAGUCAUUCUGAACUCAUCAGCAACAGAUUUGAAUGUCACAAUUAUUACAAAAGAGGAGAAACUGAAGCUCAGUCUGCUCGGCUACAACAAUGGUUCACGAAACCAACAUCUGGAGUUUCAGAGUGCCGAUGGUGUCCGGUUCCAACUGAAAGUCCUCAAUGGUACUGGAGAUGCUCCUGUCAUUCAGACAGAAGCUUUCAAAGUGACUCUGAAACAGUUGCAGGUGGAUUGCCGUAUAGACUUGAAUUCUCUCAAGAACCUGUCUAAGGUCCACACGGUCCAGGGCUGUCCCUCCCAGUCCAAUAACAUUUUAGGCAACAUUCAAGACAACACCUUAAUCGGUGGGUGGAAGGAUGACAUCUUGGAGGGAGGAGAGGGAGAUGACACUCUGAUUGGAGGAAUCGGAGCCGACAUCUUGGUAGGCGGGGCGGGUGACGACACCCUUUAUGGGGAUGAUGGAAAUGACACACUGCUGGGAGACUCUGGCUGGGACGUCUUCAUUCCUGGUUCGGGGGCUGAUCUGGUGGACGGAGGUUCUGGUAGAGACAUAGUCCUGUACCGAGGUGAUCCCCAGAGGCAUGAGGGCGUUUAUGUCAACCUGCUUAGUGGUCAAGGCCAAUACGCCGAUGCUGAGGGGGAUGUGUUAAAGGAUGUGGAAACUGUGAUUGGCACAAUCUACUCUGACAUCCUGGUGUCCGGUUAUGAAAGUUCACUUCUCAAAGGCUCAGAUGGAAAUGACCUGUUGGUGUCCACCGGUGAUGAUUACCUAGUCGGAGGUGAAGGAAAUGAUAUCUACCUGCUGGCUUUCAACAGCGGGACCACCACCAUUGACAACUGCGCGAAGGACAAUGCCACAGAUGUUUUACACUUUAAUUCACUGACCUUGCCGUCCUUCGACUGCCAGCUCCUGUCUGAUCGGGUCGUCCUGACCUUCUUUGGAUCUGGCCAAACUAAAGUGAAGGUUGGCCUGAGAGGCUGGGUCAGAGACGAUGAUGAGUGUGGUCAUCUGAUGGUAGUGUCCACAGGAGUGGAGGCUUCUGUGGACAGACUCCUCCAGGAGUGUGAGCGCCAGCAGAAGAUGUCCUUCUCUUGGAAUGUGAUAUCAAUUUUUGCUUUAAUUUGCAUUGGUUUUCUGUCAUACAUUUUAUUUUGAAACAGGUUUGUGUGAUUUUCUGUUUUGUUUCUUGAACAGGUGUGAUAGCUUCAUGGAUAUUGGUGUGUCUAAAUAAAUGUGGCGAACAGUCCCAGCUGGUGUGUGGCUGAGAGUGAAGUCAGAGAAAAAGUG